CGCUGCAACAAACGCACGCGCAUCUUAUCAGACUUUCGCGCAACCUGACAACUUUCGCGCUUCGAACACAAACAUGUUUAGUAAACACAUUAACCUUAUUGACCGCGCGCAGUCGGGUGAAACACACUGACCAGUGAAACGUCAGUGUCAAGGCGUUGGAAUAAAAAGUAAUCAAACAAUAUUGUGAGAAAAUAAGUAUUUUUAAAUGUCGCCUAACCGUGAUUGCAGUGAUAACAAGAAUCAAACUGUGUUUAUAAUUACAAAACAUCAAUUUAAAUAGUAAUUUUUGUUUUAACUGCGGAAAAACCUGAAGACGAACCAGUGAGGACCUGUUGAAAUGGAUAAAUUAAAAAAAAUACCGCAAAACGCUUUGUGACAUUUCCCUCCAGUUUAGUUCUGUGAUUUUAUUUGUUUAGUGCAUAGAUAGAAGGUAAUUAAAAGUGAAAAAACGAUUAUGUCAGACACUAUGAACAUUAAUUACCUGAACUAAAAACUAUCAUAAAAUAUCUGUACAUUAGUGUUUAGCCGUUAAAACUAAAUGAACGACUGUGACAUUCCAUAAGUGUCGCGUUCCUAAUUGUGGACGCUAAAAGCUGUAUUAAAAGCAUGUUAAGUACGAAGUGGUUGGUGUUGUGGUCGCUGUGGGCAGCCCGGCUGGCGCGGCAGCCGACGGCGCCGCUGCGCGUGAGUAGCGGGCAGCUGCGCGGGAGCGUCGCGCAUGACGGCUCACAUGUAGCAUACUUGGGGAUUCCUUAUGCUACUGUCACGGGAGAGAAUAGGUUUAAGGCCCCUGGUCCCGAGCCAAAAUGGGACGGUACCUUCGAAGCGGACAGAGACCACAUCCGCUGUCUCCAACGUCUGGACAUCAGGACUAACUUCUUCAGCGGCCAGGAGGCCUGCCUCACCUUAAACGUCUACACCCCUCUCACCCCCACCCACCCUCUUCCUGUCAUGAUCUUCAUCCAUGGCGGAGCCUACAUGGAAGGCUCAGGCUCGCCAGCACUCUAUGGACCAAGAAAUUUAGUCUCCAAAGGCGUUAUUCUCGUCACCAUAAACUAUAGGCUCAAUGUCCAAGGAUUCCUUUGCCUAGGUAUCAAAGAAGCCCCCGGAAAUGCCGGAAUAAAAGACCAAGUAGCAGCGUUGAAGUGGAUUCAGAGAAACAUAAGGGCGUUCGGUGGCGAUCCUGACAAAGUAACUCUGUUUGGAGAAAGCGCUGGGGCGUCAUCGGUGUCUUAUCAUUUAUUAUCUCCAAUGUCUAAGGAUCUGUUCCACAAGGCCAUAAUGCAAAGUGGCUCCUCGUUAGCCCCAUGGGCAUACCAGCAAUCGCCAAUACAAGUUGCCGUUUCUUUGGCCAAAGUAAUGGGUUAUGAAUCCGAAGAUCCCCAUGACCUCUACAAUUUUUUCGCUAAAAAGACUGACUUAGAACUUGUUACACCGAGAAUCCCUCGUGAACACGGUGCCAGCAUUGUAUCAGAAAUGAUAGCUUCGCCUUGCGUUGAGAAGAAAAUUGAAGGUGUGGAAGCAUUUUUGACGGAGGAACCUUAUGAACUGUUAUCGAGAGGGGAGUUCACAAAGAUACCUUUAAUGAUAGGCACUACUAGCCAAGAAGGAUAUUUCUUCACUAGCUUCGAGAAUAGAACAACGCUAUCAAACAUGGACUUCUCUAAAGCGUUGCCUUGCAACUUGCAAUUUGCUACAGAAGAGAAACAGGUAGAAGUAGCGUGCAGAUUUAAAGAAAUGUACAUAGGCAAUGUCACAAUAUCUGAGCAUACUUUAGAAAAGCUGUCCAAGUUUCACGGGGAACCAUUUUUCGUGUACCCUGUCCUAAAAGAGACAGAACUAAUAUUGAACAAGACAGAUGAACCCGUGUACAGUUUCGUAUUUGACUACGCAGGUUGGAAGAACGUUCCCAAGGUGUGGGCAGGAUUUGGAACAGCUUCUGGGGCUACUCAUGGAGAUGAGCUCUUCUAUUUAUUUGAGCAGCUCUUGAUACCGAAUAUGUUUGAAUGGAGAAUGAUGGAGAAAAUGUCCACUAUGUGGACAAACUUCGCCAAGUUUGGAGACCCAACUCCAGAAACAUCACAGCUGCUGCCAUUAAAAUGGCCGCCGACCAACCGGUCAUCUCCCGAAGCCUUCGUAAUAGACAAGGAACUUUCUACUCGUCCGCUGUGGUCGAGUAGCUCGCUCAAGUACUGGGACGAAGUCUACACUGAAUAUAGAUCACAUUGAUGGGAUUAGUCAUUAACGUCACGGUUGAAACACGUCAACAUUUGGUAAUAGGGGGGCGGGACUGGCCGAGGAUCAUACCAACCGGUCGUGCGCUGCCAUUUCAUGUUAAAUUGGAGUCUAAUGGCUCUCUGCGAUUUUCACGAGAUAUAAUAUUGUUAUAUCGUUUAGAAAGCAAACAAGCAGAUAGGUCGCCUGAUUGUAAGAAAAUCACCGCCAUCCAUGGACACAAUAUAACACCAGAGUAUUGCAAGUUGCCGGCCUUCAAGACGGGAGUACGCUCUUUUCUUGAAGGGUUGAAUGUUGUAUCAGUCCGGAAAUAGAUAGAUUGAUAGAUAGAAUACUCUUUAUUGGCACACCUCAGUAAAAAGAUACAAAAGAAAAAUACAAUUGAUUAAAUAUAGAGGCAGACAACAGGCGGUCUUAUCGCUAAAGAGCGAUCUCUUCCAGACAACCUUUGGGUAGCGGAAACA